AUGUCCCUGCAGGCUGAUUUCGAUCGGGUUUCAGCUGAUGUGAGGAAGCUAAAAACAAGACCAAAUGAUGAGGAACUAAAGGAAUUGUAUGGGCUCUAUAAGCAGUCGAUCAUUGGAGACAUUAAUAUCGGGUGUCCAGUGCUGUUGGAUAUCAAGAGCAAAGCAAAGUGGGAGGCCUGGAACCUCAAGAAAGGACUCUCAAAGGAGGAAGCCAUGAAGGCCUACGUGUCAAAAGCUGAAGAGCUGAUUGAAAAAUAUGGAAUUUAG